AUGUACACCAAAGAUCCAUUCUUUGCAGUCAAAGAAGAAGUUGAGCAAAACUUUGCAAAUGCUACUACCAUAUUUCAAAGCUGGUCACGUAUUUAUAAUACAGUUGCCUCGCGAAAUAAUGAGGAACUACAACGUACUGAAGAGGAGCUAACAGGCAUGCUACAAAAUGUUGGAAUGGACCUGGAUGACUUGGAGGAGACUAUUAAUAUCCUUUAA